AUCCGAACUCACCUAAAAUGUUACCUUCUUUCCACCUGCCCCAGUCAAAAUAAAAAUGACACGAGCUUAGUUUACAAUUUUUUUUCCAAUUUCCAAUGAUAUGGCCGUUGGCUUGAUAAAGCUCUCGAAAAAGCAGCGGAAUAUCGUAUACAAGAUCUUUUACGCAUUAAACGUGAUGCAAAUGUUAUUUAGCGCGGGAAUCCUGAGCAGUUCCGCGUACGUUUGCCUCGCCAUAUCCCCGAAGAUCAUGUCGGAAAAGGCCGAGAUCAACUUCGUGUUCGUCGUUUACGGGAUAUUCAGCACCAAUGCCUUGAUCAACUGGCUGGUGGGCAUCAAAAUAUGCCAAAAGUGUCUUAACCAGGCCAAUAAGAAAAGCACCCGAAGUAUCUUGCUACUGUGGUACUGCGCAGGCACCAACACGGUCAUAACCUUAAUAAUAAUCGCACAUUUGUCCAAGAAGGCCAACAGGCACAUCGUCAAAUCUAUGAAGAACUCUAUACAGGCGGGCAUGAAAAACUAUUUAACGGACACGGAGGCCAAGGAAUUAAUCGAUAAAAUCCAGUACGAAAUGCAGUGCUGCGGCUACGACACUUACAAAGACUGGUACGACGUCGAGUGGCUAAACGACAAAGUCAUCAACGUCAGUUCAAGCCGAAUUGAAGAACUGCGCUACGACAAACGUCGCCUUAUGCUCCCGGUACUCCCGUGGUCGUGUUGCAAGCUAGACUAUCCGCUGCCGUGCUUGCACGAUCCGGUACAACAAUACGAGUACACCUCAGUGUGGGCGGAGACCCCGCAAACGGUCCAGGACUCCCUUAACACCGACGGCUGCGUCACCAAGUUAAGGACCCCGCUGGGGUUCGUCGUCGAAUCAUUGGCGGCCGUUAUUGGGGCCAUCACGCUGUUGCAUGUGAUCAUUAUUUUAAUAUCGAGGAUCUUGUACACGUCGUGUCGGAACGCCAUAAUGUUGUACGACGUGGAGGGCGUGGCCCCCGGUUGGAUUUUCGGCAGGGGCGAUUGCGGAUACGCCAGAGGAAAAACCUUGACGGAGAUCAUGGGUUUAACCAAUGAGGUGCUGGCACAGCGGGCUGUUGAGGAGAAACGCAAGGAACGAGCGAGGAUGAAAUCGGCUAAGAGUACCCCGAGCAAAUCGGUUAAGGCUGUAAAUUAAGGUUUAAAUUGUAACGAUUUUUAUUUGUAAGAAUACACGAUUUUAUUCAAA